UUGAAAUGUUUUAUUUCUAUUUAUUUUAUCUACUCUUGACAAUUUUUAAAACGAAUUCGUUUAAAAUUGAUAAGACCGUCAAUGAUUAUUUUAAAAGCGAAACUUUUACUAAUUUUCAACAGGAAUGGCAGAAAAAUAGGAAGUCAUACGAAAGUGCCAUAAGAUUAGCUCUGAGGGAUAACUAUGGAUAUAAAGGGAUGAAUGUGUACAUCAGAAAGUCGGUAGACUCGCACAGAAUAGCAAAUGGGUUCUAUGUUCACGACAAUGUAGUAGGAGUCCUAUGUCAAGACAUGUUCUUAGGCGAGCUACCCCACUUCACAUCCCCAGAAGUGACGAUGGCUCUCGCGUCAAAUGCUCUGCGAAUAGAGACGGGGCUCAGCAAGAUGUUUGUGUACACACAGUACAUACUGUUCCGGAAUUAUUCCGAUGUAGUGGUAAAUGGGAGGAAUCUAAGUGAUCAUUCCCCGUUUUCGUUCCAAGAUGUGCAUUAUGUUGGACCUUUGGCCAUAACAGCAGAAGAUUGUACCCUGUCUGGGUACGCUAUCACGAAGCUUAGUGGCCAAUCAGUCGACUUGGGACAUAACACUUUCACAGUCUCCGACUGUAAAUUCUCUGUUGAGAUAUCUUCUCUAGGUAUGGGUUUAGCGCCUGUCACAGCACCGUAUUUUAAUAAUCACCAAAGUAGAGUCCUUGAAAAAUUAAUUUCGAAACCAAUUCGGGAGGAAUUGGUGCCUAAACUUCAAGCUAGUCUUCUCACCUACGUCAAUACGUCUAAUAUAUUUGGCGAUAAAUUGGCGGAAUAUCGGCAGUAUCAAACAAAGCUAUUUAAAGAAACGUCGAAAUAUUUCAUCAGCAAUAUAAGGGCUUUAAACAAAAAUACUGUACGAAUAAAUCAAGGUGCGAUCCUGAUGAAAUCGUUUUCUGUUACGUGGAAUGUGUGUGAAGAAAAACCGUGUAAAACCAGUGUUUCACUAAAAGACAUUUACUUAUAUGGCUUGGAUACCGUUUAUUCGUCACACAGCGGCGGACCAUACAAGUUGCAAUCGAAAAAAAUCGGUGAAGCAAUAUGUUAUAACUACCUACAGGUACGUGGAAUAAUAGGCUUCAAAAAUGAUACCAUUUCAACUGAUCAUGACUAUUUUGCUGAACUUUACGACGUUAAUGUUAACAUUGAAAUAGAUAUAGAGAAAGAUGUGAAUGUAUGCGAUUUCGUCGAUUGGAGGUCACUUGAAUUAUCAAUAAUUGGUUUCAAAGGAAAUGUUCAAGAAAGAACCAAUGCGAACUCGUUAAUAAGCGGACACUUGAUAAAUGAAAUUCCAAAAGUAUUAAUUGAUCACACAUUGCAAUUCUUCAAAGGCAAUAAGAGGCCAACAAAAUUAUCUGAAAAUAUUUCACAUGAAAAGUUCGACGACAUAAAUACUGAAGUACAACUAUCAAGAAGUGUUGAAUAUCAGGAAUACAAUGAUAAAGGAAACGAUAAAGAAUUUGCUCCAAAAAAGAAAAAGUUUGACAAACGUGGGGAGAUAAGUAAAGGAUGCAAUCCCAAAAAGAAGAAAUAUGAUAAAAGAGGAGAAGUAAGUAAAAAAGUAAAAAUGUUGCCAAAGUCUUCGACAUCAAGCCAAGAAGGAGAAUCGAGUGAAGAAAGCAAAAUGCAGCCGAAACAUAAAAUUCAUUUUAGUGAUCGCGGUGAUAAAUCUAUUAGUUCAAUUUCUUCUUCUUCGAAAGAAAAUGACAAAAAUGAAUAAUAAUUAUAUGCAAUUAAUAGAAAUUGAGCUUAUUCGUUCAGUAAUUAUACCUAUAGAAAAAGUUUGGAAACUAUCCUUGAUAUUAUAAUCCCUGAAAAAUC